CGUAUAUAAUACAUUUUAUAAUACGUUUUAUACGGUAUUAUGUGUACGAAAUGCCAAUUCUGCCCUGCCUCCACAUGAGGCGACUGUCGCCAUCUAUCGACGCUCACAAAGGCGCGUCUUAAUCAUCUGAAAUAGGCGCUUAUUCGCACUAUACCUAUACCACACUAUUCGUAGUGUUCGUAGCGCUUCGCUCGUAUUCGCUCGGUCUCGGUUCGUCGCGUAGGUUGCGUAUGAAUCGUAUAUAGAAAAGGUUUAUCCCUUAUCCUUGACUCCGUAAGUGUGUCGCGGCCAAGUUGUCUCCUGCUGUGAUCGUCACCACGCUCUCGUCAACUCUCGUGUGCCCUCGGACCGAUCAAAAGGAAGUCAUCCAGCCGACCAAUCAGUCGCUGGAGUUAAUCGUGCCUCCGUCACGUAUCUCCGUCGCGCUCUAACCUCAAUUGUAUCUCUGCGUCCAUCACGCUUCCUCUUCUCUUUAACGCCCUGCCCCUCCAUCCUUUUGACGCGCUCCUCUCUUUUUCCUCCUCCUCUUCCUCCUCCGUCGUCGCUGCCCUCUUCCUGUCGCGCGUACGUUCCGCGCCGUUUGUCUCUUCCUCUCCCGCCCUCUCUCUUUCUUUCUCUUUCUCCCUCCCUCCCUUCCAUUUAGAAUCGACUUAGUGCAAAUUUACGUGUGUGUACUACGGACAGCAUCGGACAUCCAGGAUGCAAGCCAUCAAGUGCGUGGUCGUCGGCGACGGUGCGGUAGGUAAAACAUGCUUAUUGAUAAGCUACACCACCAAUGCAUUUCCUGGGGAAUAUAUUCCAACGGUAUUCGACAACUAUUCUGCGAAUGUGAUGGUCGAUGGAAAGCCAAUUAAUCUUGGCUUGUGGGACACAGCGGGACAAGAGGAUUAUGACAGACUACGGCCGUUGUCUUAUCCACAAACUGAUGUCUUUCUCAUCUGCUUUUCAUUGGUGAACCCGGCAAGUUUUGAAAAUGUGCGUGCCAAAUGGUAUCCGGAAGUACGUCAUCACUGUCCUGCUACUCCAAUUAUUCUAGUUGGCACUAAACUAGAUCUGCGUGAGGACAAGGAGACUAUCGAACGUUUGAAAGACAAAAAACUAGCUCCCAUUACUUAUCCUCAGGGUUUAGCAAUGGCAAAGGAGAUCGGUGCUGUAAAAUAUUUGGAAUGCUCCGCUUUGACACAAAAAGGCUUGAAGACUGUGUUUGACGAAGCGAUACGCGCUGUACUGUGCCCGGUUCUGCAAGUGAAGCCAAAGCGCAGAUGUUUCCUUCUAUAAUAUUAAAUGUAUCCCUCUUUGCACGUUGGUACUGGAAUGUGCUAAAAGUGUCUCAUCUCAUCUCCAAAGUACCAAGCACUAAUCGAAUCAAUCGGGUAAAUUAUCGACUAUUUGGAACCCCAGUUGUACCAGCCUAUAUCAGCUUAGAGGCUGCAAUCAUCUACCAGCAUAAGCGCACAAAUGUCAGUUCGGUAUAAAUUUCCAGCGAGCAAAACAAAAGAGGGUUCACAAAGGAGAAUCGUGAAUUUGAGAUAUAAAUUCGUUUUUAUGUGGUCUCUACCACAUUUUAAAUGAAAAUAUAAAUUAAUUAUUGAAGUUUACUGCUGUCUAUGCGAGCCAAAUUUCCAGUUUAGACAGUUUAAUCACAUUAUAGGGCUAUAAAUGCAAAUUGACUGGAUGUUCUAAGCAAAAGGAGUGUAAAAGAAGCCAAAAUAACUGAACUAACUACUGUACAGUAUACUAGAAGAAGUACGUUAUUAAUAUUACAAUUAAUUAAUAAUUAUAUAAUGAAUGGGUAAAAGAAAAAAUAUUACUAUAUAAUUGUCCAAACAUUGACUGUAUACUGAUCAGUUUAAUCAAAGAGGAAAACCAUUUUAUGCUAUUCGCUAUUGUACAUUUUAGAUAGGACACGUAUAGUUAAUGUAUUUAAAAUGAAGGAAAAAAGAGAAAACAUAGUAGUUUUCCUUAUAAAAAAAUUUCAAUAUGCAUCAAGAUAUAAAUUCAGAGAGAAAGAAGAGAGAAUAUUUUUUAGAGAUAUGUGUGUAGAAUAUAUGGCAAACCUCUUUGGAAGAUAUUCAUAUAGAUGUCAUUAUAAAUGUGAAUAACGAUAAUGCCAUGCAUAUAUACAUUUCUCCAAGUACUUAGAGCAACCAUAAGUAUUUUUUUUAUUCCAAGCAUUCAACACAAUAUGUUAUCAAAAGCUUUAAUAAAGCUUCGACAGAAUCGUGUUUUCUUUCGCAAAGAGAUUAAUCUUUGAAAAACACUGGUCUGUUAUGUUCGUAAAAAUCUUAGGUUUAUUUGAGAAAUUGUAUAUAAAAAUCUAAUUGAAGGUGUUAGAUGCGUAAUCAAAUGCCAUUCAAUGUUCACUGUGCACGUCCUAUAUUUAAUUCUGUUCACAUAUGCAAUAGUUUAAAAAUAGUUUCGCUUCGAAGAUGAGUUCAAUUUUGAAAUGAGAUAAUUAACCAAUAGAUACGCAAAAAAUAAAAAAAAACUGAUAACUAUAUUUUCCGAAGUGGAAUCGGUAGCGCAGCGGCCGCAUAAUAUGGCUUCCUUCUUCCACUAAAUUGGUUAACAUUAAAUGUUACAUACCGUAAUUUAAGAGAGAAAAAAAUAGCUAACUGUACAAGAAUUUUAGAUGUAUGUGAUAUAAGUAUAAAUGUCAAAUUGCGAGUUUAACAGUUUCUCUGCUUCGUAUUGUUUCACUUGCAAAUGAUGAUUUUCUGGCGCGAUGAUAAUCUGUGAUUAGUGCACAAUUCAUCACAUUCUUUCUCACAGAGAAUUAUGUGAUCAUCAGGUCGAAAUUAAAAGAAAAAGAGUGUAAUGUUGCAUUUAAAGGAAUAGAAUAUGACUAUCGAAGCAGAGGACGCGCGAAUAUAUCAUGUAUGCGAGAAAGCGAGAGAGCUAUUGUAUGGAAGAAAGAACGAAUGCGAGAAGUACGAGUAAGUAUGUAAUGAGAGAAAAUCUGCUAUGAU